AUGAGUAUUCUGGGUCAGACAUGGACUGCUCGUACUGGUGUAGGUCGACUCCUUCUGGGAAUCCUUAUUGGCGUCUCUCUAAGCCUGAGCACGGCAAGUCUAUAUAAAUUCUAUGGGACGCGCAGAAAGAGCAAAGGCCAAGAGUUGCCUGACCUUUCGUUUUCACAAAGACCGAUAGAAGUAAGGACCGACGAAAUCGUCAAAGGUGUUUCGGGACUCAUUGGAAACACACCUCUUGUCCGUAUAAAUUCGCUUAGCAAUGCCUUAGGAGUAGAAAUCGUUGGGAAAGCAGAGUAUCUUAAUCCAGGCGGAAGCGUCAAGGACCGCGUUGCUCAACGAAUGAUCGAUGAUGCGGAAAGUGAUGGGUUGCUUCAUCCGUACACUGGCUCCCGAAUAUUUGAAGGUACCGUUGGAUCAACUGCAAUAAUAAUGCCUGAUGACGUAGCAGAGGAAAAAGUCAAGGCAUUGGAAGCAUUGGGCGCUCAGAUUGAGCGGGUCCGACCGGCUAGUAUUGUUGACAAAAAACAGAACCUGGCUAGAGAACGAGCACGAGAAUUCGGAGGAACGGACGUCGUCGAAGCCGUGAAGUCUUCUAUCGGAUCGCCCGAGACGUCGUUCCCCAGCUCGUCGACCAUUGUAGUCACUUCAAAGGCGCAAGAACCAGAAGCCGAAAGAGCAUACGGAACACGCCAGGAUGAUCUUGAAACAAAGCCAAGAGGUUUCUUCGCGGAUCAGUUCGAGAAUCUGAGUAAUUUCGAGGCCCAUUACGACGGCACUGGUCCAGAAAUCUGGAGACAGACAAAUGGAAAAGUUUCAGCCUUCGUCUCCGGAGCCGGUACGGGUGGGACCAUCGCUGGAACUGGCAAGUUCCUGAAAGAUAUGGAUGACAAUGUCCUUAUCGUCUUGAGUGACCCUGACGGUUCGGGACUUUACAACAAGGUCAAGUUCGGCGUCAUGUAUGACGCAAAGGAAAGGGAGGGAACGAAACGUCGACAUCAAGUAGACACGGUCGUGGAGGGCAUAGGAAUCAAUCGCUUGACGAGCAACUUUGAACUCGCACUGCAUAUAAUUGAUGAUGCAUUCCGAAUAACGGACGCAGAAGCAGUUGCCAUGUCCCGCUAUGUCAUGCUGAACGACGGUCUUUUCUUGGGCUCCAGUAGCGCUUGUAAUCUUUUCGCGUGUGUCAAACUGGCAAAGAAAAUGGGCUGGUCUAAUGGGGAGCGCAUUGUGACUAUUCUGUGUGAUUCAGGGUCGCGUCAUCACUCAAAGGUUUGGAAUGAUGCGUAUCUGCAAAAAGUAGGCAUUCCGAUUGACACAACGAUGGUACAGAAUGCAUUGAAAGCGUAG